AUGAAGGCGAACGUGUCGCGGGUGAGCACGUCCAAGUUUCACGCGCUCGCCGUGGAUGAGAGCGGGAGCGUGUACGCGUGGGGGUGCGCUCGAGACGGAGUUUUGGGAUUCGGACGCGAACGCGGAGACGAGGCGGUGGUAUUUCCGACGCUCGUGCGUAGCUUUGGAUGCGACGUGCGCGUCGUGCGCGUUUCCGCGGGUCUCGCGCACAGCGCGGUGACGACGGAUGCGUUCGAGACGUUUACGUGGGGAAACGGAGCGCUCGGGCGAUUGGGAUACUCCGUCGCCGUCGACGAUUCGGCGUCCGACGACGAACGCGAACGCGAGCGGAGGUGCACACAAUUCACGCCGCGUAAGGUGCCGAACAUGGCUGGCGCGCGCGCCGUCGACGUGUCGUGCGGCGACACCUUCACGGCUGUGCUCGACGCCGACGGCGCGGUGUGGACGAUGGGUUCGAACGCUCGAGGGGCGCUGGGAUAC